AUGACACCAGCCUUCGGAUGCAUCGAUGGCACCCUUAUUCCUAUUCGUUGUCCAUUAACUAACUCACAAGACUUCUUUUGUUAUAAGCAAUAUUUUUCUCUUAGUGUUCAAGCUGUAUGCGAUUACAAAGGCUAUUUUAUGGAUGUUGAGUGCAUGUGGCCAGGUAGUGUACAUGAUGCUAAAGUGUUUGCAAAUUCAACAACAAAUAUAAAGUUAAGAAAUGCUAUUCUUCCUCAAACAUUUCAAAAACCAACAAAAAAAGGAGUGAAGAUACCUAAUUAUCUUAUUGGCGAUCCAGCCUAUCCAUUACUACCAUUCUGUAUAAAAGAAUAUGAACAUUGCUCAAAUAAUGAAGAGGAAAUUUUUAACAACAUGCUUAGAGCAGCACGAAAUCCUAUUUAUUGCGCUUUUGGUCGCCUUAAAGCUAGAUGA